AUGGAAACCACAGAGAACAAACCCAUUCUAGAAGAGGUGCUGGUAAAGAAGUCUCAGCAGAAGAAAAAGAUAUCCCCAAAUAAUUAUAAAGAGCGACUAUUUGUUCUGACAAGAACAAGCCUCUCAUACUAUGAGUAUGACAAAGAUAAAAAGGGAAGCAGGAAAGGUUCAAUUGAAAUUAAGAACAUUCGAUGUGUUGAGACUGUAAAUCCUGAAGAACAGGCUCCUCUGGAGAGGCAGUAUCCCUUUCAGGUUGUGUACAAAGGUGGCCUGUUAUACAUCUAUACUGCAAAUGGAGAGAGUCGAAGACAAUGGCUGGAAGCUUUGCAUAAAGAGAUAAAAGGCAACCCGGAUUUGCUAAACAAGUACCACAAGGGAUUCUUUUCCAAUGGGAAGUUCAUGUGCUGCGAUCAGGCUUGCAAAUCAGCUCCUGGAUGCACCUUAUGGGAGACAUACUCCAGCCUUCAUAGUGCAAAUACUGCAGUCAAGCCACUCCCUCCUGUGCCAAGAGGGCAGCAUCGACAAGCUCUGGUUCUAACAGCUGACAGAUCAUUUCUGAAAGAAGCCCUGGCUAUUUAUAACUAUGAACCACAAGGAAACUCCGAUGUUCCUCUUGUCAGAGAUAACAAAUAUUACGUUCUGAAAGAUGAUGAUCCUGACUGGUGGCAAGUGCGGGAUUUGGAAGGAAAUGAAGGGUUUGCUCCUUGUGCCUAUUUGAAGGAGAUUGUCCAGCCAAGUGAUGAAUUAAGAGGUAUCAUGGAUACUGCUAAUGUGUCAUCCGAAGAAGAGGAAAGCAUUGAUAAAUUUGAUUGGUAUGCUGGUAAUAUCUCAAGGGGCCAGGCAGAACAACUGCUGCGGCAGAAGGGCAAAGAAGGUGCUUUCAUGGUUCGGAAUUCCAGUCAUGUGGGGAAGUACACAGUAUCAGUGCUCUGCAUGACCAGUAGAGAGAAGAAAGGAACCGUUAAACAUUAUCAUGUCCAUGUAAACAAUGCCAAUGAGUUUUACCUGGCUGAGAAUCACUGUUUUAGUUCUGUUCCCAGACUUAUUCACUAUCAUCAACACAACUCAGCAGGUGUGGUGACCAGGCUUCGCCAUGCAGUGUCGACAAAAACAAAGAAAGUUCCAUCUGCAGCAAUGUUGGGAAAAGGAUCCUGGGAGCUAAAGCCUGAGGAUAUUGUCUUGCUGAAAGAAAUCGGGAGUGGUCAGUUUGGAGUGGUGCAUAUGGGGAAAUGGAAAGGAAAAUAUGAUGUUUCUGUUAAAAUGAUCAAGGAAGGAUCAAUGUCUGAAGAUGAAUUUAUAGAAGAAGCUGAAACCAUGAUGAAGCUAAAUCAUCCCAAACUUGUUAAAUUGUAUGGUGUGUGCACAAAGACAUAUCCUAUUUACAUAGUGGCUGAAUACAUGGCUAAUGGCUGCUUACUUAGCUACCUGAAAAACCAUGGGAAAGAACUACAUCCUUUUCAGCUUGUGGAGAUGUGCUGCAAUAUUUGUGAAGCCAUGGCUUUCCUUGAGAAGCAUCAUUUCAUUCACCGAGAUCUGGCUGCUAGGAAUUGCUUAGUUGAUAGUGAUCUAACAGUGAAGGUGUCUGACUUUGGGAUGGCACGAUACGUGCUGGAUGACGAGUAUGUCAGUUCUUUAGGAACUAAAUUCCCAGUGAAGUGGUCUGCACCAGAGGUUUUUCACUAUACCAAAUUCAGCAGCAAGUCUGACGUGUGGGCUUUUGGAAUUUUAAUGUGGGAGGUGUUCUCUUUGGGGAAACAACCCUAUGAGCGGUGUGAUAAUACACAAGUGAUUGAGAAGAUUACCCAUGGCUAUCGACUUUAUCGUCCACAAUUGGCUUCUGAGGCAGUUUACCAAAUAAUGUACAGCUGCUGGCAUGAGUUGCCUGAAAAACGUCCCACAUUUCAUCAUCUGCUUUCCCUCAUGGAACCACACAGAGAAGAUGACCACCCUUGA